UUCUAGGGGCGCCACUGGUGGUGGUCAUGGUUACAGCGAGUUGAUGUCCGCAUACUGAGAACUGGUAAAACAAGAAAAGCGUGUUUACUUCCUUGUAGUCGGUAAAUUGUUGAGCGUUUGCCAUAUGGCAGCGUAAUCUAAGACUGGGCUAUAUUAAGGGUUAAAUCAAACAAGUUUGCUGAAGGAGUGCGAUUUACGUCUCUUCCGUCUAGUUCUCCCUCCGAGUUACUUACAAACGAAACCGAGACUGGAAAAGGGCUGGAUGAUUCGCUUUCACAAUGAAAGCGCGGCAUUUGUUUAUAGUUUUAUUGCUGGUGUCUAAUAUUACAUUAUCUUCAUGUUUUCUGGAUGUGCUCGCGGCUGCUGCAUCAUAUGUGGUUUACACGUUUAUUGAACGGGACGGUUUGCUGCCUUUUGACCCUAAACGUUUGGAGGCAGAUUUAAGAGACUCUCUCUUUGGGCAGCACAUUGUGUCUGAUGUUGUACUAAAAGCUGUAACAUCAUUUAUGACUGACAGCAAACCAAACAAACCGCUGGUCCUCUCUUUCCAUGGGACUUCAGGAGUUGGGAAAAAUCAUGUCACUAAAAUCAUCGCAAGAAAUAUUUAUGAAAAAGGGGAAGACAGCAAGCAUGUUCACACAUAUAUAUCUGAGCAUCAUUUCCCACACAAAGAAAAGUCAGACCUAUACAGCGAACAGCUAAAGCAGUGGAUUCAUGAAAGUGUAUCAAGUUUUCCCCGCUCUAUGUUCAUAUUUGAUGAAAUGGACAAGAUGCAGCCACAGCUGAUCGACACCAUAAAGGCCUUUCUGGACUACAAUGCCCGUGUUGAUGGAGUGUCAUUCCACAAUGCAAUCUUCAUUUUUCUCAGUAAUGGAGGUGGGAAUGAGAUUGCUAAAGUGGCUCUGGAUUUCUGGAAAGAAGGAAAAGAUCGGGAAGAGAUCAGGAUGAACAGCAAGGGACUGGAGACUAAAAUCUUUCAAAACAUUUUCAAUGAUAAAAACAGUGGAUUUCUGCACUCCAGUAUCAUAGAUCAUCAUCUGGUUGAUCACUAUAUUCCUUUCCUACCUCUGGAGCUGAAGCAUGUGCGUCAGUGUGUCCUGACUGAGAUGGUCCAUCUGAAAAUGAACCGAGAUGAUGAUCUGGCAGAUAAAGUGGCCAAAGAAAUGCCCUUCUUCCCUGCAGAAGAGAAAAUAUUUUCUGUUAAAGGCUGCAAGUCUGUCAGACAGAAGUUGGUCCUACAAACUGAUGAAUAGACGAAAGAACUGCAGCACUUGUCCAAUUUAUUGUUUUAACUUUUAAACACACAGUUGAACAGCAAUGAAGUAUGAGCUUACAUCUCUUCUUUGUUUCAACUUAUUAAUAUUUCAGUUUUGAAAUUUGAAAUUUGCAAUUUACAUUGCUAUCUGGAGUCUGGAGUCUCUGUAUUAAAAUUUUAAUCUAGACCUUC